AUGGCAGCCGCUGCACCCAUAAGCAUCGACGUCGACGGACUCAUGAGCCGGUUCUUCAACGUCGGCGUGGCCGGCGGACGUCUCACCGCCACUGUUGGUUUUUCGGGUUACUGUAGUUCUUAGUAUCUGUCAAGUUUUCUAACUUGAACUUCUUGAUAAGAAGCAUUUUCACGCGGAAUUUCGGAAUUCCUAGAAAACUGGUUAAAUGAUGUACUGGGUGAAAGCCCUGACAGUCUGAAAAUCCUAGUUCUCACUUUAGGAUGUCUUAAAGUCUUCUUUAACACGUAUAUGAUCGGAAUAACCAACUUUGAUGGAAAUAGAAAAUUUUGCAGUCUGUCAUUUCCUGGACCCUAAGAAUUAUGUCAAAGAGUGUCUUGGCCAAGUUUUAGAAAAUUCUGGGGCUCUGCCACGCGUAUUACGGUAGUUGAGAUAGGUUUUUCGGUAAUAAAAGAAAAAUUGUGUAUUUUUCGUGACGUGACCUCUCUUGUCACUUGGGAAAAUAGGUCCUUAACAAAUCGCAAAAUAAAAGAAAAGAAAAUUUCCUGGCCCCGAAACGGAGACAUGGUGCCCACCGUAAAGGUCUUCGUUCUGUGUGAAUUACUCUCUUGUAAGAAAUUUAGUGCCUCCGACGUUUUAUUCAUUUGACUGCAGUUCUAUCAUUCCUGAAAUAUUUUCUUCUUUUCCAGGUGAAUGAGCAGGAGCUGCACCAGCUCUGCGCAGUGGCCAAGGGCGUCUUUGCUUCGCAAAACUCGCUCCUCGAAGUCGAACCGCCGCUCGUCGUCUGCGGAGAUAUUCACGGACAGGUGGGAUCCCUCCACUCCUCCCAAACACUUCCUUAUUCAGUAUUCGGAUCUGCUGCGCAUUUUUGAUAAGAACGGCUUCCCGCCGGAGUGCAACUACAUCUUCCUCGGCGACUAUGUGGACCGCGGCCGACAGAACAUCGAGACGAUCUGCCUCAUGUUCUGCUACAAGAUCAAGUAAGGUACGCCGGCUGCGGAAUCGACACGAGGUCACACCUUUGCAGGUAUCCGGAGACGUUCUUCAUGCUGCGCGGCAACCACGAAUGUCCAGCCAUCAACCGCGUCUACGGCUUUUACGAGGAGUGCAACCGUCGCUACAAGAGCGCCCGUCUCUGGAUGGUCUUCCAGGUUGGCAAGGGUCUAAAGGGUUCAGAAUAUGCCAGGCAAGAGAAGAGGUUAAGUUCAAGAGCGUCGUCAAUUUCAGAAAUCAGAUGAAAUUUUAAAAAAAUAUUUGUACUUUUUUAAGUUUUUAGGUUUUUAUGAAGUCUUCAAGAAAAGAAAGAAUAAAAAAUGGAAUGAACUUUUUCCGAUUUUUCUGUACUAUCGGUUCUGCAGGAAACAUUCAACUGGAUGCCGUUGUGCGGUCUGAUCGGCGGCCGUAUCUUGUGCAUGCACGGUGGCCUGUCGCCGCAGCUGACGAGCCUCGACCAACUGAGGUCGGUUCGGCUACCGUACCCUCUGCAGACUGUGUACCUUCAGACAGCUACCUCGUCCGCAGGAUCCUCCGAACCCGUCUAUGGGAAUCGACCUUCUGUGGGCCGAUCCGGACCAGUGGGUCAAGGGAUGGCAAGCCAACACGCGCGGAGUCUCCUACGUCUUCGGACAGGACAUCGUCUCGGAAAUCUGCGCCAAGCUCGACAUUGAUCUCAUUGCCCGCGCCCAUCAGGUUUCACCUGACCCUGGUUCAGAUUUUGGAAAUUUUGAAGUGCGAAACUUUUGAAAAUCAGAAGGAGUGCAGCUUUUAUGCAUCUGAGCAUCAAAAUGAUAAGCUACAGGACGAAUAUUUUUUUCGAGAAGUACAUCGAUUAAUUGAAAAAAAUGAUUAAAAUAUUGAAAAAAAAUCUGAAAAAAGUCAAAUUUUUCGUUGGCUGACGUUUUAUGUAAAGCGCAGAGUGUGAAAUAAAUAUUGAAAAUUUUCUUUAGGGUUUUUGUUGGUUUUUUAUGAGAAUACAUGCGAUUUUAUCACAAAAACACAAAAAAAGUUUUUGUUAAGAAAAAUGCCUGGAAAUGAUAACGAUAGUAACAGCAAAACUCACUUUUGGAUAUCACUGAAUUCAGAAUUUAUAGUUUUUCGACAUUUGGAAAGCUCGCAUUUACCAAGGAAAAUUCAAAAGAAACGAUUGAACCUAGAACUCUCAAAAAUCGAAACUUUCCAGGUUGUUCAAGACGGCUAUGAAUUUUUCGCGUCGAAGAAGAUGGUGACCAUCUUCUCGGCACCGCAUUACUGCGGUCAAUUCGACAACUUUGCCGCCACGAUGAAGGUUUUCCCCCUCUGAUUUUCCUCCUGAACUGGUCGAACUUGAGGUGAGCGAGAACAUGGCCUGCAACUUCAGCAUGUACAAACCGACGCCGAAAGCGUUGCGUCAGCAGUCGGACAACAGCCGCCAAUCCGGAUAA